CAUACUAUAUAAAACAGAAGAAAAGACAUAAACCGCAUCUAUUUGAUCAAGAAUUAUUUUGGCCUCUCUGAAACUAAAGCCAUGUCCUUACCAGGAGCUUAUCAAACAGACUUACCUGCAGUACCGCCAUGGCUAAACAAAGGCGACAACGCGUGGCAAAUGACCGCUGCUACCCUUGUCGGCCUUCAAAGUAUGCCCGGCCUCGUCAUCCUUUACGCUAGCAUAGUAAAGAAAAAAUGGGCAGUUAACUCAGCUUUCAUGGCUCUUUACGCAUUUGCAGCUGUUCUCAUCUGUUGGGUUUUAGUUGGCUAUCGUAUCGCCUUUGGCGAUAAGCUUUUACCCUUUUGGGCAAAAGGCGCUCCUGCUUUAGGCCAAAAGUACUUAAUCGGACGUGCAAGAGUACCUGAGACAACACACUAUUAUAGCAAUGGGAAUAUUGAAUCUCCUAUGCUUGAACCUUUUUAUCCUAUGGCUGCACAUGUUUAUUUUCAUUUCACUUUUGCUGCAAUUACCAUGAUUUUAUUAGCUGGUUCUGUUCUUGGUCGUAUGAAUAUUAAAGCUUGGAUGGCUUUUGUUCCUCUUUGGCUUAUUUUUUGCUAUACGGUUGGAGCUUUUAGCCUUUGGGGUGGUGGUUUUCUUUAUCAUUGGGGUGUUAUUGAUUAUUCUGGUGGCUAUGUUAUUCAUCUCUCUGCUGGAAUUUCUGGAUUCACUGCUGCUUAUUGGGUUGGGCCAAGAUUGAAGAGUGAUAGGGAAAGGUUUCCACCAAACAAUGUGUUGCUUAUGCUUGCAGGAGCGGGGCUACUUUGGAUGGGUUGGUCAGGUUUCAAUGGAGGAGCACCUAAUGCUGCAAAUGUAGCUGCUCCUUUAGCUGUUUUAAACACAAAUAUUUCAGCAGCUACUAGUCUUCUUGUUUGGACAACCCUUGAUGUUUUUUACUUUGGCAAACCAUCAGUCAUUGGAGCUGUUCAGGGUAUGAUGACUGGCCUCGCUUGUGUAACUCCUGGAGCAGGAGUGGUGCAAGCUUGGGCAGCCAUAGUAAUGGGAAUACUUUCAGGUAGCAUUCCAUGGUUCUCAAUGAUGAUCCUCCACAAAAAGUCCACUUUUCUACAGCAGGUGGAUGAUACAUUGGCUGUGUUUCACACACACGCUGUAGCAGGACUUUUAGGCGGUUUAUUAACUGGUCUUCUAGCAGAACCAACUCUUUGUAGUAUUAUUCUUCCAGUAAGUAACACAAGGGGUGCAUUUUAUGGUGGAAGUGGUGGAAUGCUUUUCCUUAAGCAAAUAGUUGCAGCUCUCUUUAUCAUUGGUUGGAACAUAGUUGCAACGACAAUAAUACUACUCGCGAUAAGGUUGUUUAUCCCAUUAAGAAUGUCAGAUGAGCAGCUAAUGAUUGGAGAUGACGCGGUACAUGGAGAAGAAGCCUAUGCCCUUUGGGGCGAUGGCGAGAAAUAUGAUCCCACAAGACAUGGUUGGCAUGGCUCAGAUUCUCCACAAGAAACAAUACCAACUGGUAUUGUCAAUGGAGCGCGAGGAGUAACAAUUAAUUUAUAACAUGUUACAUCAAUUCUCAAACCACUCUUCCCAACAUUGGCAUUUCAUUUGGCGCCCUGAGACACAUACAUCUAUUGGUUUACACAUUACAGGAUUAUAUUUGUAUAUGGAAAUUAGUGGAAUUUUAGAGAAGGCGUCUGGUUGUGACUUGUGAGUGAAAAGUGAGUGCAAGAUAUCCUGUAAAUAUCCUUGAAAUCCCCUCAGUUUGUACAAUAUUCCUCUUUAUAGGAUAUUCAUGUUGCAGUUCUGUAGAUUUUCUGUCUUAAUGUUUCCAUUUCCUUAGCUUUGAUCUGAGUAGCUUUGGUACUUCAUUUCUUCAAUAACAAAACUUUCAGCAA